UACAGAUUCGAAAACUAUAUGCAGUUCCUUAAAAAACUGGUUAACAAGCCCAAUCAAAUUUUACAGCAAAUAUAUUUAAGGCUCAAUGAGAGACAAGGACUUAAUUCUGAUUUUAACAAUACUUCGAUUGGAUCAUUUCAGAUAAAUCCUCUUAAAGAAAAAGAUUGUUUUUGUUUUAGUCCAAAAAUUGGACCUUUGAAAGCUUUUAACAUUAUAAAGUCAUCCGAGUCAGAUAAAAUUCAUUGUAACGCUUUUCAGACAAUAGAAAAUUAUUUUGAGGAACCUCUUCUUUCCGCCAGUGGUCUGAGAAUAGUUUUCGCUAGUAAUUUAAGUUCUGAAGUCGUUGAAGUUGCUAUUGAAGACAUUGACUAUAAGUACUUUUGUAUCCCUCACACUGGAAAAUUUCUUCUGAUUCCUCUCUUGCACAAUUUGUUUCACGAUUUUUCAUACAAUACCGCACAUUCUGUUUGAAUUAAAUAAAACAAAAACAUAAAUUUAAUAAAGUUAUAUAAUUUUACAUGAGCUUCAACGUUAGCAAUCUUUUUGAAAGCUCCAUGUUCCAAGGCAGUCAGGAGCGAAAUGAUCUUGAAUCAAUAAUUCAAAAGAGGUGCUACACGUCCACAAAUGCCAAUCAUAUGCAGGCAACCACAUCUACACCAAUGAGCCCAGAAAUAGCUGAGGCACCUGCAGCAUUCAAUGAAGAAAUGAUGGGAAUGCUAAAGGAAAUUUUAGAAAACCAAAAGGAGCUUGCAGCAAAGAUGACGACGUUGGAAGCCAAUCAAGUUAUUAUACACGCCAAGGUGGCCUUUAUGGUGGAAGGGCAAGGUGCUCUGACCCACAACCAAGGAAUCAUCAGCGAACAAGUUGAACAUAUACAACAAAAUGUAAGAAAUAAUUCUGAAAAAUAAAAAAGUACAUAUACAGCUACGAUCAAAGAUUUAGCACCAAUAUUCCAAAUGAUAUUGUUUGCAACUUAUGUUUAUUUAUUUAUU